AUGUCCUCAACAUCAGAUUCUUUUGACACACCUACAACAAAUCAUCCACUUACUUCACAUUCUUCAACAUCAGAUUCCUCGAGCACGUUUCCGUCCUCAACAUCAGAUUCCUCGAGCACGUUUCCGUCCUCAACAUCAGAUUCCUCGAGCACGUUUCCGUCCUCAACAUCAGAUUCCUCGAGCACGUUUCCGUCCUCAACAUCAGAUUCUUCAGAGACUUCACGUUUCCGUCCUCAACAUCAGAUUCCUCGACAUCAGACGUUUCCGUCCUCAACAUCAGAUUCUUCAGAGACUUCAACGUCCUCAACAUCAGAUUCUUCAGAGACUUCAACGUCCUCAAGAUCAGAUUCUUCAGUGACUUCAACGCCCUCAACAUCAGAUUCUUCAGUGACUUCAACGCCCUCAACAUCAGAUUCUUCAACGUCCUCAACAUCAGAUUCUUCAGAGACUUCAACGCCCUCAACAUCAGAUUUUUCAGAGACUUCAACGCCCUCAACAUCAGAUUCUUCAGUGACUUCAACGCCCUCAACAUCAGAUUCUUCAGUGACUUCAACGCCCUCAACAUCAGAUUCUUCAGUGACUUCAACGCCCUCAACAUCAGAUUCUUCAGUGACUUCAACGCCCUCAACAUCAUAUUCUUCAGUGACUUUCACGCCCUCAACAUCAGAUUCUUCGCACGCUUCACCCUCUACAACUGAAUCUGUUACGAAAUCGCCAUCAACUUCAUCCUCAACAUUUACUUCAGAGACAACUUCAUCGCCGCCAUCAGCGUCCGUGUCAUCACCAACUACAACUACACCUAAAUCUACUUUAUCUUCAACUCUUUCAUCUCCAACAAGUACAGUCUCAUCGACACUUGUUCCAGUAGUUUCCACCACAUUUACACCUGGAUCUACCAGCAAUUCAGUCCUGACCACGUCAUCUCCCACCAUAGUCACCACUCAAUUAUCCUCGACUUCAACUUCAGCUUCAGCAACAACAAAAUCUACAACAGAUUAUGGUUCAACUAUAACUUCAUCUAAACAACCAACGAGUACAUCUACAACUACAGUUCCUAAACCUCCCAUCACGUCGUCUACCGUGUCCUUGUCCUCUCCGUUCACAUCCAUCCCUCCAACAUCUUCGUCUAAAACUACUGCUUCAGUUUCAACUACAACUCCAGUUAUAACAACUACAACUCCAGUUAUAACAACUACAACUCCAGUUAUAACAACUACAACUCCAGUUAUAACAACUACAACUCCAGUUAUAAUAACUACGACUGCUCGAACUUCAACUAUUACUACAUCUAUACAUGCUUCAACAGGUAAAUCUUCAACAUCCUCCUCAUCAAUGACCGCCAGAUCGACAACAUCUACAACCCAAUCACCCACAGCUACGUCUGAUGUGAACAAUAUAACACAGACUACGACACCAAUUCCAGGACCUCCAGAUUACUCCAGGAACAAGGGAUCCAAGACGAGUUUUUCAUUGCUGACGGGAGUAAUGAUUCUGUUUGUUCACACGUGUCUUCCCUGA